AUGGCGAUUCCAUCUAUUGAUAUCUCAUCAGCGGACAAUUAUCCCAAACCGGACGGGAUUAAGUUCGGUUACGGCACUGCUGGCUUCCGUUACAAUGCCAAUAUUUUGUCUUCCACUGUAUUCAGAGUUGGUGUACUAGCUGCGCUAAGAUCACGAUACCUUGGUGGAAAGGUCAUCGGUGUUAUGAUCACUGCCUCUCACAAUCCCCCUCCAGACAAUGGCGCCAAGAUCGUUGAUCCCGCUGGUGAUAUGCUCGAGGAAGCUUGGGAGACUUAUGCUACUGACUUAGCUAAUGCUGCAACUUCACAGGAUUUGGCUGACAGGGUUAAUGAGCUUAUUAAAAAUUUGAACAUCGAUAUUUCAACCCCAGCCAAUGUUAUAUAUGCUCGUGAUUCUCGAGAAUCCGGUCCUGCACUCGUCAAAGCGCUUGAGGCUGGAUUGAAAGCUGCUCAUGAUGCUAAAUCCACAGACUACGGUUUAUUGACCACACCACAGUUACAUUACCUUGUGAAGUCACUCAAUACACUUAAAAGUGCAAACUCAUAUGGUGUGCCCACUGAAGAGGGAUACUACAAGAAGCUUGCUAAUGCAUACAAAAAGGUCCUUUCAGGAUCCGAGCCUUACUCGAUCACUAUCGACGCCGCUAAUGGUAUUGGAGCACCAAAAGUUUCGGAAUUGGUCAAGCAUCUCGAAGGAACUAUCGAUAUGACCCUGAUCAAUGGUAAAUAUGAAGAUCCCUCAUUACUCAAUUCUAGCUGCGGUGCUGACUAUGUCAAGACCAACCAAAGACUCCCCGGAGGGUUGGACGCCGAUGUCCCUAAGCUUAAACUUUUCUGCAGUUUUGACGGAGAUGCUGAUAGAAUUGUUUUCUUCUACAUUGAUGAAGAUGGAAAAUUCCGCUUACUUGACGGUGAUAAAAUUGCCACACUGGCUGCCUCUUUCCUCAAAGACCUCGUUCAGGAGACCAAUUCGGGAUUAAAUAUUGGUGUCGUUCAAACUGCCUAUGCAAAUGGAAGCUCCACCGAGUAUCUGGAAAGUGUUCUUAAAGUGCCUGUUGUUUGUACUCCUACUGGUGUCAAGCACUUGCAUCAUGCUGCCCAGCAGUUUGACAUUGGCGUAUAUUUCGAGGCUAACGGACACGGAACUGUACUCUUCCAUCCCGAUGCCGUUGCCAAGUUGCAAACCUUCCAGGUUAGCUCCCCUGCUCAAAAGGCAGCCAUUGACACUUUGCUGGCAUUAAGUGAUCUUGUCAAUCAAACUGUUGGUGAUGCCUUGUCUGACCUUUUGCUGGUUCUCGCCAUUCUUACCAUCAAGAGAUGGAAUCCUGCUGACUGGAACCAGUCAUACACAGAUCUUCCCAACAGACUGUUGAAGGCAGAAGUUCGCGAUCGUACAAUGUUCAAAGUCACUAAUGCAGAACGUACUCUCGUCGAACCUCCUCUUCUGCAAUCGCAGAUUGACAACCUUGUACAAAAAUACAGCCAGGGUAGAAGUUUUGUUCGGGCCAGUGGAACUGAAAAUGUUGUUCGUAUUUAUGCAGAGGCUGUCACUCAAACCCUGGCCGAUGAGCUGGGUGUAAAAGUAUCUCAUUUGCUUGAAGCUUAUAAAUAG